AUGUCCCUAAGCGCAUUGCUUAAUAACGAUGAUCCGGUGGAAGACACCAAACUCUACUUGGAAUCCCUCAAUAGAGAAAUGGACAGACUCAUAAAGAGGGAUCAAUUGGAACUGAUGUAUCAGGAUUGGAAGUUUGCUAACUACCAAGAAUUCGAGUUGAUCAGUGAAUGGAAUACCCAGUGUAAAGAGCUUGUCGGUGACGGUAACGAUCUCCAAAAUAACGAUUUAAUGACCGAAGAAGUGCAUUUAGAUGAUUUAUACGACAACAUUCAACGUAUACGUAACGAAUGGAAAGACUACGAAUCCUAUAAGGAAACCAGAUCACAGCUUCUGAGCAAGAGCAUACAGGCAAAGCCCAUCAAACAUAGAAGAAGAAGAAGAACUAAGCUUGAAAUGGAAGCGGCGGCAAAUCUUGCCGCUCUUAGCCAAAUGGGCACAACUGAUGUCAAAACUCCUGAAAUUAUCAAUGAUCAUGGAAACCGCUCUAAAGCAUCAAGAAGCGACACCACUAACAAGACUGACAACACAAUGGCAGGCAUUAACUCUCCUACUUCAGAUGUAGAUUCAGGACAUAAGGAUGAGCUUGAUCAGACAAAAUUAAUAAAGAAACAAGAAGCUAGCUCUUCUACCAAUUCUGCUGCAAGUGUUACCGCCUCAGUCGCAAACGGUAUAGUUGAAGAUCAAAAAGAUGAAGCGGAGAGAACUAUAGAAGCCAAUAGGAUCGGGAGCAAUAUGCAAAACUCUGAUCAAGAUACAAUGGAUGAUUUGAAAAAGACAAAUGACCCUUCAAGCGACAUAGAUUCCGAUGCAAAUACUAGCGUCAAUGAUGGUAGCGAUGAAAAUUUGAGUAAUAAACUAGACAGUGAUGAUUUACAUUCAGAACCUGCUGAUAACGAGGAAGAACCGGUUAGCUCUGACGCAGAGAAAGAUCAGGCGGAAAACAUAAAUCAAACUGAUGAAUCUGAAGAGGAAAUAAUAGUUAAAGAGUAUGAUGACAAUAAUGACGAGGAUUUCGCACCUGAAAUUAAGAAGCCAAAGCCUAACGGUAAAAUAGUGACCAUCAAUAGCGAUAGACCUAAGAUUGUCAGAGAAUUAAUUAAGCUGCGCAACAAAGGUAAAGCACCAAAGUCUAGUAAAAGGCGUUAUACAGCCGUGAAUAUAACGGAAUAUAGUCCAACUGAAAAAAAGAUCUCAGUGAAGAUUACACUGAAACAAAUGCAUGUCAAGAAAUUGAAAAAGAUCUUACAGGAUGCUAGGAAAGCCGAAGAGAAAAGGCUUCAAGAAGAAGCUAAACAGAUUGCUGAUCAGGAGUCUCCCAGGAAAAGAAGGAAAAUUGAUCGAUCUGAGAACACUAAACAAGAAGAUGAAGACGAUAAAGAAGACGAUGAUCUUGAUGGUUUGCCUACCUAUGGUAUGAAAAUGAGUUUGAAGGAUGCCAAAGCUAUUCAACGACAUUACGAUAAUACAUAUACCAUGAUAUGGAAGGAUAUGGCUAGAAAAGAUUGCAUGAAGAUUUCGAGACUUGUUCAACAGAUUCAAUCAACCAGAGCAUUAAACUAUAAAAAAACUUCUUCUCUGUGCGCUAGAGAAGCCCGUAAAUGGCAGACUAGAAAUUUCAAGCAAGUUAAAGACUUCCAAACUCGUGCUAGAAAGGGUAUCAGAGAGAUGGCAAAUUUCUGGAAAAAGAAUGAAAGAGAGGAGAGAGAUUUGAAGAAAAAGGCAGAAAGAGAAGCACUAGAAUUGGCCAAGAAGGAAGAAGAAGAAAAGGAAUCAAAGAGACAGGCUAAAAAGUUAAACUUCUUAUUAACACAGACAGAAUUAUACUCUCACUUUAUUGGGAGAAAAAUAAAAACAAGUGCAUUAGAAGGUAAUGAAGUUGCAGAAGAGGAUGAAGACAAUUAUGACUUGACAACUACUGCACCAAAUAAGAAUGACUUCCAUGCCAUCGAUUUUGAUAAUGAAAAUGAUGAGCAACUAAAGUUAAAAGCAGCACAAAAUGCAUCGAAUGCGUUAGCAGAAACGAGAGCUAAAGCGAAGGCUUUUGAUGAUGCACAUAGACAGCAGCAAUCAACCGAAAGUGAUGAUGAAGAAGAAAUGAACUUCCAAAACCCAACUUCACUUGGUGAAAUUACUAUAGAGCAACCAAAAAUGCUAGCAUGCACACUAAAAGAAUAUCAAUUGAAGGGAUUAAAUUGGCUUGCUAAUUUAUAUGAUCAAGGUAUCAAUGGUAUUCUAGCUGACGAGAUGGGUUUAGGUAAGACUGUACAAUCAAUCUCAGUUUUAGCUCACUUAGCGGAGCAUCACAACAUCUGGGGACCUUUCUUGGUUGUAACACCUGCAUCAACGUUACACAACUGGGUAAAUGAAAUAUCAAAGUUUGUACCCCAAUUUAAAAUCCUUCCAUAUUGGGGAUCUGCAAAUGAUAGAAAGGUAUUAAGAAAAUUUUGGGAUAGGAAAAACUUAAGAUAUAGUGAAAAAUCUCCAUUUCAUGUUAUGAUUACUUCUUAUCAGAUGGUUGUAGCGGAUGCCUCGUAUCUUCAAAAAAUGAAGUGGCAGUACAUGAUAUUGGAUGAAGCCCAAGCCAUUAAGUCUUCUCAAUCAUCGAGAUGGAAAAAUUUAUUGAGCUUUCACUGUAGAAAUAGACUAUUACUAACUGGUACACCUAUUCAAAACAACAUGCAAGAGUUAUGGGCAUUACUGCAUUUUAUUAUGCCGUCACUGUUUGACUCCCAUGAUGAAUUUAAUGAGUGGUUUUCUAGAGAUAUAGAGUCACACGCAGAAGGAAACAGCUCUUUGAAUCAACAACAGCUAAGAAGACUUCAUAUGAUAUUGAAACCAUUUAUGCUAAGACGUAUUAAGAAAAAUGUCCAGUCUGAGUUGGGAGACAAGAUUGAAAUUGAUGUGAUGUGCGAUUUAACACAAAGACAAACGAAAUUAUAUCAAGUUCUAAAAUCUCAGAUGUCCUCUAACUACGACGCAAUAGAAAAUGCUGCUGCAGAAGGUUCAGAUAUUGCAGGAGGAGGUAACUCUGAUCAAAGCAUUAUCAAUGCAGUAAUGCAAUUCAGGAAGGUCUGUAACCACCCAGAUUUAUUUGAGAGAGCAGACAUAAACUCCCCAUUUUCAUUCACAUCUUUUGGUAAAACAUCGUCAUUGAUCUCAUCAAGCAUAGCAACUUCAGGAGGUCUUACAGAGACCAUUUCCGAGUUGAUGUAUUCUAGUACAAACCCUAUCAAUUGCGCAAUUCCGAAAUUAAUAUAUGAAGAUCUAAUCCUUCCUAACUAUAACAAUUCGAUAGACAUAAUGGAGAAAUUAUUACUUUCCGACUUUUCAAUAUAUGAUCCUGUCAAUAAUAAGGAAAUGUGUCAAUAUCUGGGUUUGUUAACAGGCCUUGCAUAUGGCUCUUUCAGGAAGAUUCACAAAAGUAAUUACUUUGAGAGGAUUAUUAACUUGAAAAAAGAGAGUAAACAAAGUAGUCAAAAUUUGAUUACUGUAGUCUCUAAUGCCAAUGAUCUCAUUGCAGACUCUAUUGUGCAUGCUGAUACCAAUCUGCCUAAUCUGACUGGGAUUCGGAAUGAUAUUUAUCACAACGAUUACCUAAACAGCAUACAACCAGGGUAUUGUCCAAAAGUAGUUGCUCCUCCCAUAAAUUUUAAUGUAAAUGGUUCCCUAAACUUUACUAAUAAAAUGUCAUCAUAUUUAUUCAAUCCUGUUAUCACAACAGCAUUGUCAUCAAUCCCACCACCUACACAGUACAAUAUGUUUGUUAAAAAGUGCAUUCCUAUAGAAGAAUUCCCAAUCAGUGAAAUGUACCCCAAUCCAUUGAAUAAACAUUUUUCUUCAAAUAUAUCGAUGCCUUCAAUGGAUAGGUUUAUUACAGAGUCUGCUAAAUUGAAAAAGUUGGAUGAAUUAUUGGUGGAGCUGAAGAAGAACGAUCACAGAGUAUUGAUUUACUUCCAAAUGACUAAAAUGAUGGACUUGAUGGAGGAAUAUCUAACAUAUCGUCAAUACAAUCAUAUAAGGUUGGAUGGUUCUUCCAAAUUAGAAGAUCGUCGUGAUCUGGUUCAUGAUUGGCAGACAAAUCCAGAAAUUUUCAUUUUCCUAUUAAGUACAAGAGCAGGUGGUUUAGGUAUAAACUUGACAGCAGCCGACACUGUAAUUUUUUAUGAUUCGGAUUGGAACCCUACAAUAGAUUCUCAAGCAAUGGACAGAGCCCAUAGAUUGGGACAAACCAAACAAGUUACUGUUUAUAGAUUACUCGUUAGAGGAACAAUUGAGGAGAGGAUGCGUGAUAGGGCAAAACAAAAAGAGCAAGUCCAACAGGUAGUCAUGGAAGGUAAGACAAAGGAUACAAAUAUACAAACAACUCAUACGAGACCAGAACAUGAACAGUUGACACCAAAGUCCCUCUCUUCUGAACCAGAAGCGACAAAUAACCUGAUAACAGUCAAGAACUAA